AAGUUAAUAGGCUCGAUGGGUUUCAACUGUGUUAGGCUCACAUGGCCUCUCUACCUUGUUACUAACUCCUCCUAUGCUACGCUCACCGUUCGUCAAUCCUUCCAAGGGCUCGGCCUCAAUGUAUCCCUCGAUGGAUUGACGAAAAACAAUGCUUGGAUCCUGGACAAGACGCUCAUCGAAGCGUACAAGGCUGUGGUGGCAAAUCUUGGGAGCAACAACAUAAUGGUGAUCCUGGACAAUCACUUAACUCAGCCGGGCUGGUGCUGCAACAACAAUGACGGCAAUGGUUUCUUCUGGGACCCGUUCUUCAAUCCUAACGAAUGGCUCGCCGGGCUCUCACAAAUGGCCGGAUUGUUCAACGGAGUCACCAAUGUCGUCGGCAUGAGCCUGAGAAAUGAGCUCAGGGGUCCAAGACAAAAUGUUCCAGAUUGGUACAAGUACAUGCCGAUGGGGGCCGACGCGGUUCACCAAGCGAACCCUAACGUCCUCGUCAUACUCUCAGGACUCAACUUCGAUAAUGACCUCAGCUUUCUGUCGAAAAAAAAACUCGAGCUCUCCUUUCCCAACAAGCUCGUCCAUGAGGUGCACUGGUACGCGUUCACAAAUACCGGUACGUGGAGCAAUCAGAACGCCAAUGAUGCUUGCGGCUCUAUAACCUCCAACAUAAUGAGCAAUGCGGGGUUCGUGCUGAGUCAAGGAACUCCGUUGUUCAUGAGCGAGUGGGGGAUCGAUCAGGGGGGAGGGAACAGGAAUGACAACAGAUACUCGAGCUGUGCUCUGGCAGCUCUAGCUGAGCUGGACCUUGAUUGGGCUCUCUGGGGUUUGCAAGGGAGUUAUUACCUAAGAGAAGGCGUACUCGAUGUGGAGGAGGCUUAUGGUGCUAUGAAUUUUGAUUGGUCUGGACCAAGGAAUGCUACCUUCCUACAUCGGCUCGCUUCUAUAAAAUCUCCCUUCCGAGGUCCAGGACUCAACAAUCCCCUCAACACCGUGCUCUACCAUCCGAAAACAGGGUCGUGCGUCGUCCAGGACGGUUCGACAAAUUCGUCAUUGCAUUUAGGCCCUUGUGACUCACCGAGAGGUUGGAAAUAUAAUGGUCAGACCAUCCAGCUCGUAAAUUCAGACUCGUUCCUGAAGGAAUCAGGUGCAGGCCAGCCGGUGACGCUCCAGAAUUUCGCUAACAGUGAUAGCUUCAAAUGGGAUCUGAUAUCAAACUCGAAACUACACAUCACUUCACAGACUAAUCUAUCACUCUCAUCACGAAUCCCUGCAACUGCAUCGGUGACUAAUCUAUGCCUGGAUAUCGGCUCUGAUGGCAGCACUCUCAUCACGAAUCCCUGCAACUGCAUCGGUGAAGACAAGAACUGCGAUCCUGAGGGUCAAUGGUUCAAGAUGGUUCCCAGCAACAGACCCGUGCAGCAAUGACCGAGAG